UAGGUGCUUGUGUAUUUGUGGGUGACGAAGGGAAUUCCUCUGGCCUGCCACCUGCUGGGCACUUCAGGGAAAGCAGCAACAACCUGGGGCACUCUGCGGAUGACUUCUCUUGUGCUGCCCCUGCAUGUGUGAAUCAAGCCGAGCUCUCUCAGCUCUUCACCAGCCAAUCUGGUGCCACAACGGCUGCUGAACUGCAGCGGUUGUUCAGCCUGCCAUGAUUGUCCCUCCCAGAUUGCCACGUAGCCGAGUCGGCCAUGAGCACAGGUGCACAGCUGGGCCCGGGAUCCAACCCUUUGCCGGCCCUGAGCGAGAGCAACACGCCUGGCGCCCCUCACAGUGCAGCUCCCAACCUGCGAUCAGACGCUGGAGGAAAGCAGAGCCUGCAGCUGGUCUAUGUCUUCACCACACACCUGGCCAACACGGCUGCGGAGGCCGUCCUUCAGGGCCAGGCAGACUCCAUUCUUGGCUACCAUCAGCAACAUGUGCCCCGGGCAAAGUUGGACCAGCCAAGCCCUCUCCCGAAGAUGCCAGGUGCCGUUGAACCCCUGCCGCUCCACUUGUCUCCUGCCAAUACUCCUCAAGGACCGCCAGCCCUGCCCCCAAGCAGCCAGGCCCAGGGACAGCAGGCGGGAGGGGCCCCGCUGGGGCUCAGCCAAGGACCUCUCUCUUCCAGCAAUGCUCUCCCGCCAGAGGGGGCCCCUGAAGAGGCUUGCCAGGACCUGACACCCAACUCAGUGGGAAACGGCAGCAACAGCAGCAGCUCAGUGGCCCCCAGCAGCACCCACCCCAGCACCCCCACCGCGCUCAGCUCCCUGCAGGCCAGCACUGCGGAGGGCUUGUUGGGGGAGGGGGCCAGUACGGCCCCCCCCACGGCAGGUAACGGGCCUCGCAACCCCCUCAACACCGAAGGCCUCUCCAAGGAGCAGCUGGAGCACCGGGAGCGGUCUCUGCAGACUCUCCGGGACAUCGAGCGCCUCCUUUUGCGUGGCAGCGAGGCUGAGCCCUUCCUCAAGGGCGGGCCAGGCCCUGGGGAAGGGGCCAUCCUGCCCCCCCAGUCUACAGCCCCACAGCCUCCCCAGGCUGCCCUCUCCGGGACAGGCGUGAAGAAGUAUGAGGAGCCGCUGCAGUCCAUGAUUUCACAGACGCAGAGCCUGGGGGCCCCAGGCCUGGAGCAGGAGGGACCGUUGCCCCCAGGGGUGGACCUGGGCCAACCUAUGAACGUGGUGCUGCAGCGCCUCAGCCAAGACAGCCUGACUCCCGAGCAGGUGGCUUGGCGCAAGCUGCAAGAGGAGUACUAUGAGGAGAAGCGCCGUAAGGAGGAGCAAGCCGGCUUGCAUGGGGGGCGGCCGCUGCAGGAAGUGAUGCUGGCCCAGCCCCUGGGAGGUGUGAUGCUUCGGGGGCCCCCGCCUCCCUACCACAGCCGUCCCGGAGAGCAGUGGCUGUUGCGGGGGGCACCCCUGGACAUUCAGGAGCAGCUGCGGCCCACCUUCCCCGGCCCCCGCGGCUUCCCGGGUGGCCACGUCCAGAGGGGCUUUGCCACAAUGCCAAGCCUGCCCCUGGAAUCCCUUGGCCCAGUCGGCGGUGGGCCCCGCCCUGUGCAGCCCGGCGUACCGUGGGGCGAAGACCUGCCCCUCAGGGGUCCAGGACACUUUGCACCCGGGGGCCUCUCGUACUCCCCAGGGCAAGGCGAGGCCGAGCGCUUCCUGCCAUCCCGGGCCCGCGAGGACCUGCUGCGUCACCCCCUGCUGGAGAAGCGGCCAGGGUCUCUGGGGCUGGAGAUGGAGCGCAUUUUGCCAACCCACCGGCAGAUGGAGCCUGCCAUGUUUGCCGGGGAAGGCUUGGGCUUGGAGUUUGGGGGGGGACGGGCCCUGAUGAGCCCACCACCACCGCUGCAGGAGGUGGAGCCGAGCGCCUUGGCCACACCCACUAACUUGAACAUGAAUGUGAACAUGAACAUGAACUUGAGUGUACAGAUGACGCCCCAGCAACAGCAGCAGAUGCUGCUGACCCAGAAGGCCCGUGGGCCAGAGCUGAUGCCCCCGGAGGAAAUGGCCCGAGGACGCGCCCCAAAUGGCACCGGGGCCAUAAUGGGGGGCCCACCUAAGAUGCUGAUGGGCUCGCCCUUCCCAGGCCAGGGACAGCAGCAGAGCUUCUCUGGGCAGGGCCCCUACCCACCUGUGCCGCAAGAGAUGGGGGCCACGCCUGAUAUGUUUGGUUCGGAGCAGGGCAGCAUGGCCGGCACCCCACGGCUCAGCCACGUUCCCUUGCCGCCCAGCACCAGUGCCUCCGCCACGAACAUGCAUGGGGCUCCCAUUCGGGGCCUGGGCCGUCGCCCCUCGGACCUGGCCCUCAACAUGGGGCAGAUGAACUCACCCAGCGUGGGCCGUCUCAAGUCUCCCACCCUCAGCCAAGCACAUUCCCCCCUGGGCACGUCCCCUUCAGCCAACCUCAAGUCUCCGCAGACACCUUCCGCCCUGGUCAGCCUGCCAGCUGCCACCGCCAGCAAUGCCCCCCUCAAGUCCCCCCAGGUGCUGGGUUCCGUGCUCAAUGUCCGCUCCCCAACUAGUUCGCCCGGCCAUCUCAAAUCGCCCUCCAUGGCUGUUUCUUCCCCAGGAUGGGCACCCUCCCCCAAGGCCAGCCUUGCCAGUCCAGGCAAGCCAGCCCUCGGAAUGGGCAACUCUGCCCCCUUGGGCCACCUUGAGCAAGGUGCUGUGCCCUCUGGGUCUCGGAGCAGCUCCUCUGCCCCGUCUGGCAACACCUCCGGCCCCCUGAUCCCCAACCUGCCUUUUCCUUCCUCUCCAGAUCCACCCCCAUCCCAGAACCCUUUGUCCCUCAUGAUGUCCCAGAUGUCCAAAUACGCCAUGCCCAGCUCCACGCCACUCUACCACAACGCCAUCAAAACCAUCGCCACCUCAGAUGAUGAACUGCUCCCGGACCGGCCCCUGCUGCCGCCUGGGGCUAUGUCUGGCAUGGGCGGAAAUCAGCCCAAUCCAAUGCAUGUGAACUCUGUGGGGCCGACCCCCGUGCCGAGCCCUAUGGGCCUGAACCUCGCUGGACAGCAGCUGCUCUCCCAGGAAGUGGCAGCCCCCCCAAUGUCUUCGCCCAGCCCCCUGGGGACCGGCCUCCCCAUGCACAGCGGCGCCCCUGUGCAGAACCCGAUGAUGCCCCCCGGUCCCCCAGACGCCCUGGGCCAGCCCUGCGGCCCUUCUGGCCAGCUGGUGUUCGCACCACGUCUGCAGCAGCCCCCCACCAAUGGGGGCGGCAUUCCAAUGGCCCCGGGAGGAACGGCCGGACCCGGGUUGCAGCAGCCGCCUCCCCCACAGCAACACCACUACCCGCCUGGCUUGGGAGUCCCUCCAGAAGAGCUGCCCCCCCAGCAGGUGCCCCCUCAGCAGCGCCUGGCUGGGCGGCUGCCCGAGCCCUACCCAUCUGUGCUUCCCGGAGUGGCCUCUGUGCUCAGCGAUCCAGAGUUGAGUGAUGUGAUCCGGCCCACCCCAACGGGCAUUCCCGAAUUUGACCUCUCCCGCAUUAUCCCUUCGGAGAAGCCCAGCAGCACGCUGCAGUACUUCCCCAAGGGGGAGGGCCAGGGGGUCAAGGCCCUGCCCCCCUCAAACCUGCACCUGGCGAGCUUGCAGAACAUGAUGGUAGAACAGGGCCCAGCCCGGCCCGGCCCACAAGCAAUGCCACGUGGAAUGGCCCUUUGCCAUCCCGGACAGAUGCCCGUGCUGGGCAGGACAGGCCUGCCCCCCCAGCAGAGCCUGGUGGGCAACAGCCUGCCCCAAGGGCUGGUGCUGCCCCAGCAGAGCCUCCUGGCCCAGCAGAACUUCCUGCUCAUGCAGGCCAAGCAGCGCAGCAUUUCCGUCUCCGGAGAGAUGUACGGGCAGCCGGCGGGGCACCUGAUCUCCCCCCAGGGCUCCCUGAUGGGGCCCCCGUCCCAGCAGAACCUCAUGGUCUCCAUGCGCCAGCGCAGUGUCUCCCUGGAUGGCCAGAUGAGCUACGGCCCCGGAACCGGUGGCAUGGCCAACCUGCCCUUCUAAGGAACGUUCUGCCUUCUCUGCUUUGCUUCUGAAAGGAGGAAUUGGGAGGUGUCAGUAGGUCUGAGGGAGCAACCGCCAGCCCAGCCUUCUCGGGGUCGGAGUAGACAGAGGAAAAGGCGGAAGCCCUCGACCAGUUACCCUGGCGCCAGAUGGAAGUCCCACCCAGCAGCUGUCUGCAAGAGAGCGGAGUCCGGGCGCAAGCUGCCCACAGGGCUGGACACUCCAGGCUGGUGCUGGGAUAGGGCCUGAGGUGACGUUUGCACCCCUACCCGCACUUGGCUCUUGUUACAGGACGCUGGCCCCAAAGAGACGCCACGGGAGUGGAUUGGCCCUUUCCCCCGUGCUGUGGAUGGAUCGUGGCCGGCGCAAGAAACGAGAGGGAGGCUUCCCUGACCGUAGGGCACUGCCCCUUCAGUGGCCUUCUGUGCUCGCUUGUUUUCCCACAGGGAGGGGCAGUCUGGGUGAGUCCCCCCCAGCUCUUCCCUUUGCUUCCAUGCCGCCUGGCUCCCUUGCUGGAGAAUAGCCAUCGGACGGCUCCUCGGCCCAAUUCCGCUUCCUGGGCUUAUCGUGAAAUAACACCUGAAAGGGGGGAGGGGAGGAGGAGAGGAGGUUUGGGGAUCAAAGGUUGAAAUAGUCUCCCAUCAAAAAAAAGAUUGCUUUCAUUUGGCAGCAGUUGCCCACAAUGAACGAAGAGAAGUGAAAAGCAAUGCCAGAGGCCCAAUGAGGCUCGCAGAGAGAUGGGGGGGGGGGUCGAGGGCAGGCCCCAUAGCCUUGCUUGGGAAAGAUUCGCCUGCACCUCCUGUGUGUGGAGUGGGGGAGUGGGGGGGGGUUCACACCCUGCCUUCUAACAAGGCAGGGCAGAGCAAGUCAGGGAGGCCCUUCCUCUCUGCCUGCCCAGGGUUUGAGCAGCACCCUAGGUUUGGGCCAGGCCGGGCUCAGGGUGGGGGGGCUGGGUCUUGCAGGCCCUUCCCGGCAGAUGUAUCUGGCACUGCCAAGCUGGGGCGCCUCUGCACUUUUAAACUCAGCUUCUGCCUGAGACCUCCCCCACUCCCCCCCCCCCGCGCUCCCCUGCCCAGCUUUGGCAGUGAAGCUCAGAAGGGGGAGGGCUGAGGAAGCUACAGAAAGUAUGCUGGGCUGAUCGGAUAACAGAAUUGGUACCCCCAAGAAGCAAGGAGGAAAGGCUGGUUUUCCCCAGGUUUCUUGGACCCUCCCAGCGAAGGCCUGGCCAGGAGUUUCACCACAACAGCCCCCCCCCCCCACUACGCCGCAGAAGGUGCUUCCAGUGACCCACCAUCAUGUUCAUCCCCACUCGGAGCAUUCCUGGGCUCCCUCCCCUCCCCUGCCCCCCCAGCUCUGCCUUGUGCUGUGAAUAUGGUCCAGUCUCGUGUCUCCCGCCUCCUUCCUGUCUCCCUCCCCAGCUUGAAUCGCCUCUGUUGAGCGCCCCCCCAUCCCUCCCACCCUGCUUUCUCUGCCGUCAGUCAGGAUGAGGCCAAGGGAGGAGGUGCCAUCAGGGUGACCCAGAGCCCCUGCAGCUGACGGGCAGGGGGCACUGGAUGCUCCAUGCCAUCUCCUGCCAGCCAUGCAUUUUGUACCAGUCUAUAAAUAAAAAUAUAUAAAUAAAUAUAAAUAUAAAUAUAUAAAUACAAUAUGUGAAGACAUCUUACCGGUUUUUAUUUUGAAAUGAUUUCUAGGCUUGUUUUGGGGUAUCUGUGCUGCCUGUAACGUAUUGAUUGACCUGUUUUAUAGGUGCCUUUUUAUUAAAAAAAAAUCAAAACUUUGC